AUGGCUACCAAGGCUAUUAAAGCUGAAAAACAGUUGAAAAUAUGGCAUGAUUAUUUACAUAGAGCAGUGACUAUGACCAACAUCACUCUGGCUGGAAGCUCUCACCCAGGCCCGGGGUGCGCACUUGCCCCCGACGCUUCCCACCAGCGCCAGCAGCGUGCAGAGUCAAGGACAGCCAGCCCCCCAUGUCAGUGGUCUAGGAUGGCCAGUGAAGCCACCAACAUCCCAAGUCCUGUGGUGUGCCAGAUUGACAAGCAGUUCCUGAUCUGCAGUAUAUACCUGGAACGGUACAAGAACCCCAAGGUUCUCCCCUGUCUGCAUACUUUCUGUGAGAGGUGCCUGCAGAACUACAUCCCGGCCCACAGCCUGACUCUAUCCUGCCCCGUGUGCUGCCAGACCUCCAUCCUGCCCGAGAAGGGGAUGGCCGCGCUGCAGAACAACUUCUUCAUCACGAACCUGAUGGAUGUGCUACAGCGAACGCCAGGCAGCAACAUCGAGGAGUCGUCCAUCCUGGAGACCAUCACUGCCGUGGCCGCAGGAAAGCCUUUGUCCUGCCUCAACCAUGAUGGCAAUCCCAUUGUGUUUCUUAGUUGGACUAGAGUUUAUGCCCCUUAUGGAAUGGUUGCUCCCACCAACCACAGGUGA